AUGUCUCAACAAAACGCUGUCGAAGCCCUGCUGGCGCGCCUGCAGAUGGGGGAUGCAAUUCCCGCAUUUCAGGCCAUGGGCGUGGACCGUAUCGUAUCUCUGCGCAAGAUGUCAGAGGAUGCCCUGCGUCAGGCUGUCCCGGACGCUGAGCAGCGCCAGGCGCUGAUGAACGCCAUCGAAAGCCGUGGCCAUCUGCAGUCGCGUCGUGUCGGCCCUCCAGUUGACCAGCCGCACCCCCCUCGCAGCGCCGAUGCUGAGUUUGCCCGCAGCGGCAACGACGAGAGUCGCAGUGGUUAUGCGCCGCGAGGUGACCGUGAUGACCGUGUUGCCCGCGGUGGGCGCGGUGGGGGUCGUUCCACCGGUGCGCCGAACAGUGACGACGCGACUCGUUUAUGUCGCCACGUCUUCACGACAGAUGGGUGCAAGUUUGGCCAAAAGUGCCGCUAUAGCCACGACGGGAACGACUACCGCCGCCCGCAGGAAGUGCCGAUGGACAGCGGUGUGGCGCAGCGUUCUCUGGAUCGCCCGCCCCAGAACUUCAAGUUCUCGAUCGAUGUCGAAAUCCCGACAGAACGCAUCAAGUACCUCCUUGGCCCUCAGGGUAUCAACAUGAGAUUCAUUAAUGAAACGUGCGGCACGUACAACGAGCGCUUCGCACACGUGGACGAGACCGAGGAUACCUUCACAAUCCACCUACUCGGCGGCAGCGAGGAGGCAGUCAACAAGGCUAAGGAGAUGCUGCUGAUGUCGGUUGGUGUGAAGCGCGAGGAGGAGAAGAAGGACCGCUUCCAGUAUGCUGUAAAUGAGUUGGACGCGAACACGCAUGCCGCUCGCCUGUUCGCGGCCUGCAACACCAAGAACAAGGACACCACGCGCCACCUGUCCGACUCCAUCAUGCGCAAUAUUGUCUCGAGCUUUAACUUUGUUCGUCCGCAAGAGGUGCGCCACUUCUAUAUGUACACCUCCUGCAGCGACAAGGACAAGCUUGAGAUGGUGAGUAAGAUCGUGUCUCAGCUGAAGGGUGUGCAAGCGAUUCUGUUCUGCGAUCAGAAGCGCGUGGAGGAGAUGUGCAAGGGCUCUCAGCGGAUCGCACGCCACUUCAACAGGGUGAAUCCGCAGUUUGUGUAUCGCCGACUAUCCAAGGAGGAUCGCAUGAUUGCGCUGGAUAAGUUCAAGAAGGGAGUGGUCAACGAAAACGGCGUGCUCGAGCGUCUGCUGGUCACGAACGAGGAUUACGCCAAACUGGCCCGCAAGACCGUUAUUCCGUAUGUGAACCUCGUCAUCAACUUCUCCGUCCCGCGUGCUGAGGAGUACUACGUCCUGCAAUCGCAGGUGGCAGGCCGUCAGGGCACCAUCGGCGCGUCCUUCCUGUGUGUUAGCAACUAUGAAGAGGCCCUUUUCCGCGAACUGGAGAAGAAUAUCCACUUUGAGCGUUUCGAGGACGAGGAUGACUUCCGCUCGACGGCGGUGGAGCUGUCGUACGACACGGAUGCACAGCCGCUAACACCGGAGGAUGCUGAUCCGCCGGCAGACUGGCGUGAGCACCUGAACGACAGGAAGCCACCCCAGAGUUUCGGCAAGCGUCGGUAG